AUGGCGACCUUGGAGACUAUCCCGGAGGAGGUUUUUCUUGCUAUUUUUGACCAUCUUGGAUGCCAUCGUUACAAUGAGAAGGCCUUUUUGCCAUUUGCAGUCAUCUCCAAACGCUGGCAGCGUGCCAUCGAGCGCUUCCCCUUCAAGAGCUUUAAACUCAACAACACCCAGCUGUCGACUUUUGCUUCUCUUUUCCAGGGCGCAGCCAGAGCCCACAGAAAGGCUCUGGUCAGGAAGAUAGACCUCACUAUCGAGCUGCCACUUUAUGACGGAGAUGACUGUCAUCAGCACGAAGAGCUCAAUAAUCAAAUAUUCUCCACUGCUAUCCAUGAUUUAUUCCAGGUCCUCGAAACGUUUAAUGAAGAUGAAGCUGUCAAGGCUAAUUUUACAAGGGGGGUUGGAAUUGAAAUCAGGCUGAACUCCAUUGAAUCCCCAAAGGAUGAAGACAUUCCUUAUGCUGAUAAAGAGUACAAAUUUCAAGGAACCUUCAUUAAGCUCCUAAACCCCGAAAGAUUGCCCACACUAGAGUGCGUGACGUCCUUUUACCCCAUCGCCUGGAUGUGGUCUCGUCGAAUUGACCCUGUUGCGGGGAUACAAAUGGCAAGCAAGUUGAAAAAUCUGAAUCGUUGCAUUACUUACUACCGUGAUUCGUGGGAGUGUACUGAAGGUGGGACUAAAGGAGUCAAAGAAAAGACGCUAAUAGAUAAUCGACGCGAUUUCAGUCUUGCCUUAUCAAAUUAUACUCAGUCUGUGAAAGACUUGAGCCUUAGAUCAGACUCAUGGGCUGGAUGUAUGCUUGACGAAGCAAUGCCUCCACCAAAGUUUAUUUCAUCCGCCUCGUCGACGGACACGUUCAGUCUCGCAAUACAUGAAUUCAUUCAACGAGCGAACGUUUCAGACAUAUCCAUUUGCGGACUUCUUCCUUACUCUUCCGAUAUAUUAUGGCCAUAUAAGGAUGUUAAAGAUGCCCCAAAGCCACUGUGGCCAAAUUUGACAAGCUUGUGUAUUUCUGUCAGUGCCCAUACACCCGAUGGGGACUGGUAUUUUAAAGGGGAUCCAGCUCUUGCGUCUGACUCUGAAUUCAUGGGUCCAAAUGAUAGAAAAUAUAUCAACGAUUAUUUCCGAGUUUCUGAUCAGCCUGUGAAUAUGUUUCGGUCUAUCCCGGUCCCAGAAAGGAUCGAUCCUUUCUUGAAAGCGAUGGCACUAGUUAUUCGUCAUGCUUCUUCACUCGAGUCCCUGCAUUUAUGUUUUGGAGAGGUAAAGCUUCAACCAGGAUAUGUGAAAGCGGAAGGCCUGACACGGCGGUUUAGUAUUUAUUAUAAAACUCCUGGCGACCAAUUCUGGUUCGACAAAAGGGGCCAUCGGAGAAGACCCAGAAUAAUAUGCGAUGUUGGGAACAACUGGCGCGCGAGCAAGGAAAUCGAACAGAUGUGGAUGGAAGCACUGGGGCCAAAUGGGCUGAUAAACUACCAUCAUUGA